CUGUAGGUACCUGAGCUGACACCGAAGGUGCCUAAAGAUGCUGAGCGGCGUCUGGUUCCUCAGUGUGUUAACCGUGGCCGGGAUUUUACAGACGGAGAGUCGCAAAACUGCCAAAGACAUUUGCAAGAUCCGCUGCCUGUGCGAAGAGAAGGAAAACGUCCUGAAUAUUAACUGUGAAAACAAAGGAUUUACAACUGUCAGCCUGCUCCAGCCCCCCCAGUAUCGAAUCUAUCAGCUUUUUCUCAAUGGAAACCUCCUGACUAGGCUGUACCCAAACGAAUUCGUCAAUUACUCCAACGCGGUGACUCUUCACCUAGGGAACAACGGGCUGCAGGAGAUUGGGACAGGGGCUUUCAGCGGCCUGAAAACCCUCAAGAGACUGCACCUCAACAACAACAAACUGGAAGUGCUGAGGGAGGACACCUUCCUGGGCCUGGAGAGCCUGGAGUACCUCCAGGCUGACUACAAUUACAUCAGUGCCAUCGAGGCUGGGGCUUUCAGCAAACUCAAUAAGCUCAAAGUGCUCAUCCUCAAUGACAAUCUUCUGCUGUCGCUGCCCAGCAAUGUGUUUCGCUUCGUCCUGCUGACCCACUUAGACCUGAGGGGGAACCGGCUGAAAGUCAUGCCUUUCGCUGGUGUCCUUGAACACAUUGGAGGGAUCAUGGAGAUUCAGCUGGAAGAGAACCCAUGGAACUGCACUUGUGACUUACUGCCUCUCAAGGCCUGGCUGGACACCAUAACUGUUUUUGUGGGGGAGAUCGUCUGCGAAACUCCCUUUAGGCUGCAUGGGAAGGACGUGACCCAACUAACUAGACAAGACCUCUGUCCCAGAAAGAGUGCCGGAGACUCCAGCCAGAGGGGCAGCCAUGCUGACACACACGUCCAAAGGCUGUCACCUACCAUGAAUCCCGCCCUCAACCCCACCAGGGCCCCGAAAGCCAGCCGGCCACCCAAAAUGAGAAACCGUCCGACGCCCCGAGUGACGGUGUCAAAAGACAGGCAGAGCUUUGGACCCAUUAUGGUGUACCAGACCAAGUCCCCCGUGCCCCUCACCUGCCCCAGUAGCUGUGUCUGCACCUCUCAGAGCUCAGACAACGGGCUAAAUGUCAACUGCCAAGAAAGGAAGUUCAUUUACAUCUCCGACCUGCAGCCCAAACCUACCAGUCCAAAGAAACUUUACCUAACAGGGAACUAUCUGCAAACUGUCUAUAAGAAUGACCUCUCUGAGUACAGUUCUUUGGAUCUGUUGCAUUUAGGAAACAACAGGAUUGCAGUCAUUCAGGAAGGUGCCUUCACAAACCUGACCAGUUUACGCAGACUCUAUCUGAAUGGCAAUUACCUUGAAGUGCUGUACCCUUCUAUGUUCGAUGGGCUGCAGAGCUUGCAGUAUCUCUAUUUAGAGUACAAUGUCAUUAAGGAAAUUAAGCCGCUGACCUUUGAUGCUUUGAUUAACCUACAGCUGCUGUUUCUGAAUAACAACCUGCUGCGGUCCUUACCUGAUAAUAUAUUCGGGGGCACGGCCCUCACUAGGCUGAACCUGCGAAACAACCACUUUUCCCCCCUGCCUGUGAAAGGGGUUCUGGAUCAGCUUCCAGCCUUCAUCCAGAUCGAUCUGCAAGAGAACCCAUGGGACUGCACCUGUGACAUCAUGGGGCUAAAGGACUGGACUGAGCACGCCAACUCCCCUGUCAUCAUCAAUGAGGUGACCUGUGAAUCUCCUGCUAAGCACGCAGGGGAGAUACUGAAGUUUCUGGGGAGGGAGGCUAUUUGUCCAGAAAGUCCAGGCUUGUCCGACGGAACCAUCUUGUCAAUGAAUCACAACACAGACACACCUCGGUCGCUUAGUGUGUCUCCGAGUUCCUAUCCUGAACUCCACACUGAAGUCCCACUUUCCGUCUUAAUUUUAGGAUUGCUUGUUGUUUUUAUCUUAUCAGUCUGUUUUGGGGCUGGCUUAUUUGUCUUUGUCCUGAAACGUCGGAAGGGAGUGCCAAGUGUUCCCAGGAGUGCCAACAACUUAGACGUAAGUUCCUUCCAAUUGCAGUAUGGGUCUUACAACGUGGAGACUCAUGAUAAAGCAGAUGGCCAUGUCUAUAACUACAUCCCCCCACCUGUGGGUCAGAUGUGCCAAAAUCCCAUCUACAUGCAGAAGGAAGGAGACCCAGUGGCCUAUUACCGGAACCUGCAAGAGUUCAGCUAUGGCAACCUGGAGGAGAAAAAAGAAGAGCCGCCUACACUUGCUUACACAAUAAGUGCCACCGAGUUGCUGGAAAAGCAGGCCACACCAAGAGAGCCCGAGCUGCUGUAUCAAAACAUUGCCGAGCGAGUCAAGGAACUCCCCAGUGCAGGCCUCGUCCACUAUAACUUUUGUACCUUGCCUAAAAGGCAGUUUGCCCCUUCCUAUGAACCUCGACGCCAAAACCAAGACAGAAUCAAUAAGACGGUUUUAUAUGGAACUCCCAGGAAAUGCUUUGUGGGGCAGUCAAAAUCCGACCACCCUUUACUGCAAGCUAAGCCGCAAUCAGAACCAGACUACCUCGAAGUUCUGGAAAAACAAACUGCAAUCAGUCAGCUGUGAAGGGAAAUCAUUUACAACCCUGUGGCAUCAAAGAGUGCUGCUCCAAACUGUUGGAAGCCUGCAUUCUUCGCUUUUGUGUUUGUGUUCUCCCUUUCCCAGCGGAGACAGGGGACCUUGAAAAUGUUUGGGAGGUGGGGUGAAGGGAUGAAACUGCAUCUGCAAGUUUUCCUUUAAAUUAUUUCUCUCUUGCUCUCCACCCCACCCUUUUUCCCCUUCUUUUCUUAGGAACCAUCAGUGAACAUAAAUGUUUCUUACGAUGCAUUUUUUUUUCAUAUAUUUUGUUUAUGGUUCUGUUUCUUUGUUCUUUUCUUCCAGUGUGGUAGUGGAAAGGGGAGAUGAUAGUGAAUGAAGGAAGAAUAGGGAAACUUUUCAAAUGGAAAUGGAUAUUUCGUGUAUUUUGUGGAAGAUCUCCAAAGAUCUUUUGGGACUAUAUCUUCUUUUGUAAAUAAUGAUAUAUGGUAUUCCCAUGUUCAGUUACCAAGUAUAGCCACUGGGCAUCACUUCUUUGCGUUAAAGUGCCUUCGCACUUUAAGUACAUUACUUAAAUGUUGCUUUUAGCUUUGAGAAAUUGAACAUAUUUUAAUGUGUUGUAUUUUUGAAAUUGAAAACACUGUAAAAUAGAUCGAUAUGUCAGCUCUAUUAAGUCAACGUACAGUUUGCUUGAGUUAUAGAAACCAGCCUGUCAUCAAAUGAUUCUAGUUCUAGAACUUUAUAGACUUAACUGUAAAAUAUUUCCUUUACUCUGAGUUUGUUUAAGUGAUUUUUAUUUAAGUCAACUAAGGGGACUUAACAGUGGCCUAGAGGUAACAUGCCACCUCAGUCGGGAUUAGUAAUUCAUUAAUAAAAUAUAUUUAACCCAACAUCAGAGUGAAUCGAACAAUUA